AUAGCUUCUUCGAGCGCGACAGAACCUCUGUAUGGCAAAUUCUCAGAUCUCAGAAGAGAGAAAAGGGCAGACGGUUGACAUAAGCUGUGUUGUCAGCAACAUUACGCACACGGCUGAACGCUAAAGGGGAUUGUCGAGUUAAAGGAGAAAAGAAAGUUAAAGAGUGAAGACAUUUUGACUGUUGAGGAAUUUAUUUAAACAAGUGCACCUCUACUCCCUUUUCUGACACCACUGAGAUUGGAUUAGCCUUUUGCCGGAUCAGCAUUUUAGGAGAACUUUUAUCCAGCAUGGAACCUGCCCAAUCAGAGAUGAGCAUCCUGCCCAAUGGGAAGAGUCAUGACCUGGCGGAAGACAUGUGUGUACCAGUGAAGACCUUGCUUGAGAAGGAGCACAAUGGUACUCACAGCAGCAGAUUUGAUGACCCAGAGGGAGCAACAGCAGAGAGUGAGGAGUUCUUGCCCAACGGUGAUGGCAAGAAGCCUGUACGCUUCACUGACUUUGAAGGGAAGACCUCGUUCGGCAUGUCUGUAUUCAAUCUGGGCAACGCCAUCAUGGGAAGUGGUAUCCUCGGACUGGCAUACGCCAUGGCAAACACUGGUAUCCUGCUGUUUCUGUUCCUUCUGACCGCAGUGGCUUUACUCUCAUUGUACUCUGUCCAUUUGCUGUUGAAGUCUGCUGGAGUUGUGGGGAUCCGGGCCUAUGAACAACUGGGCCAGAGGGCUUUUGGUACACCUGGCAAGAUGGCCGCUGGCAUUGCCAUCACCCUGCAGAACAUUGGAGCCAUGUCCAGCUACUUGUACAUUGUUAAGUCUGAGUUCCCACUGGUCAUCCAGGCUUUCCUGAAGGCGGAAGACACAUCUACAGAGUGGUAUUUAAAUGGCAAUUACCUCGUGGUGCUGGUCACUAUCUGCAUUAUUCUUCCUCUGGCCUUCAUGAAACAGCUUGGUUACCUGGGCUACACCAGUGGCUUCUCACUCAGCUGUAUGGUCUUCUUCCUGACUGCGGUCAUCUACAAGAAGUUCCAGAUCCCCUGCCCCUUUGAGGACUACACGAGCAAUGCCACAAAUGUGCACGUUAUCUCCAACGUCUCAUUGGUUGACCAUGGCCACGCCUACCACAACGCGCAUGUGGAGGACGACUCCCACUGCGGCCCGCGCUUGUUCACGGUCAACUCGCAGACAGCGUACACAAUCCCCAUCCUAGCAUUUGCUUUUGUGUGCCACCCUGAGGUGCUGCCCAUCUACACAGAACUGCGCAACCCCACCCAGAAGAAGAUGCAGCACGUGUCCAACAUCUCCAUCCUCAUCAUGUACACUAUGUACUUCCUGGCUGCGCUCUUUGGCUACCUUACCUUCUACGACAAAGUAGAGCCAGAGCUGCUGCACACUUAUAGCCGCAUCGACCCCUUUGACACGCUGAUCCUGUGCGUCCGAUUGGCUGUGCUUACUGCUGUCACUCUGACUGUGCCAAUCGUGUUGUUCCCGGUGCGUAGAGCGAUCCAGCAGAUGGUCUUCCCGACGAGUGCCUUCAACUGGCUCCGUCACAUCGGCAUCGCUCUCAUCCUCCUCACCUUCAUCAACAUGCUUGUCAUCUUUGCACCCAACAUCCUGGGCAUCUUCGGCAUUAUUGGUGCCACCUCUGCCCCAUGCCUGAUCUUCAUCUUCCCUGCAGUUUUCUACAUCCGCAUCAUUCCCAAAGACAAAGAGCCCAUGAACUCCACCCCUAAGAUUGUGGCAAUGGCUUUUGCUGCUCUAGGUGUCCUCUUCAUGUCCAUGAGCUUGAGCUUCAUCAUAAUUGACUGGACAACAGGCACCAGCAAUGCGGGAGGCGGCCACUAGGGGGCUCUUCAUUUGGUGUGUGCAUGAAGUGUAUGCGUGCGUGAAGUGUAUGAGUGCUUCUGAGAAUGUGUGAGUGUGUGUGUGUGUGUGUGUGUGUGUGUGUGUGUGUGUGUGUGUGUGUGUGUGUGUGUGUGUGUGUGUGUGUGUGUGUGCGCACGCGCAGUGGCCGGGCUAGGGAUGGGUCAGUGGAUGGAAGCAGUGAUGAAGGGUUUGAGGGGGCAUUUUGGGGGCAAAAUGCCCAUUUUUCAUGGGCAUUUUGUUUUUACUCUGAUCACACGGAAUGUUCUCUUCACCAAAGCAGUUAAAGAGAGAACAGUCAUUUUUUUUUCAGAAUCUCCAGAGGGCUUAAUCCACUCUUAGGGCAGGCCUUUUAUAUACUGUUAUAGAAUAAUCAGUGUUGAUCUUGCACUUUUAAAUUCUUUGUCAGACCUGGAUAAAUAAACUUACCAAACGGCAGUAAUCAGGUCUGGCCAAAGAAAUGAAUAGCAAAACAAGCAAAGAAAUACAAACAACAACAAAGAAGUCAGUUCUAAUCUCCCUAAUGUUUUAAAGGGCUGCAAAGGGCUGCUCACACACAUCUUUAAAUUCACCAAUCACUACAUUAAAACAAAACUUCCCUGUAGGGAAUGAUGCUGAUCUGGACGAUGAAAAAUUCAGAAAGUGCUUUUCUGGUCUACAGCUCAUUGACAGCAUCAGGUUGUCCCUAGGAGGGAAGUAAUGACAGGGAUGUAGUGGAGGCUAAACGCAA